GUUUCCCAGAAGAAUAAAGAAUUAGGGGCUGGUGAUCGGCUUGUUUCACUGAGCAGUGAUUCUCAAACCCUUUUUGUUUUGCCUUGAACUAGCUCAGCUGAAUGAAGCAUUCAUGUGCAUGAUAGUUAGUUGACAAGUGGUUUUAGGGGUGCUUGCUCUGGAAUACAUCUAGUACAUGGGUUAAUCCCCAGGACAUGAUAACCAGUGGUGAAGCACUGAACAUUUGUACACCUGUAUGGUGUUCCUCAAAACCUUUUAACAAAAAUGUGGAAUUAUACAGUAUCAAUGUGAUUAACAGCAGAGUAUUCAACGGCAACAUCAGGAGGGACAUGCAGACUUCUGUAGAACUAGUUUCUUGGUCCAAAGCGAGUUGCUGGCCAGAAAUGUAUUUUUUUUAUAACCGUGGACACAGACAGAGGCAAAUGGACCCUUCAUGUCUCUCCCCGUGCCUACUGCAGCCCAGGAGACUAAGCUAGCAUGACCCGCACGGCAGCCAGAACACGGUAGCGCCCAGACAAACACACAGCCAGAGGGCUUUUGCUUUCCUGCUCCAGGCUCUACUGGUGGUUCUGCUCCAGGCUCUACUGGUGGUUCUGCUCCAGGCUCUACUGGUGGUUCUGCUCCAGGUUCUACUGUUGGUUCUGCUCCAGGCUCUACUGGUGAUUCUGCUCCAGGCCUGCUGAAUGGCGGAUCUAUUCCCCUGCAGUAGCAGCAGCAUGGACGCAUGGCAGGAGAAACGAGGCCUGCAGACGAUGAACCUGCGGUCUGUGUUCACGUUGGAGCAGCAACGAGUUCUGGAGCGAUACUAUGACAACGGGAUGACUAAUCAAAGCAAGAGCUGCUUCCAGCUGAUCCUUCAGUGUGCUCAGGAGACCAAGCUUGACUUCAGCGUGGUGCGGACUUGGGUCGGAAACAAAAGACGGAAGCUGGCCUCCAGGGCCGACCAGAACGGGGCCGUAUCCCACUCCUUAUCCAAUCACGGCCAGGCUGGGGGAGCUCUGUCCAAUCACGGCCAGGCUGGGGGAGCUCUGUCCAAUCACGCCCAGGCUGGGGGAGCUCUGUCCAAUCACGGCCAGGCUGGGGGAGGUCAGUCCAAUCACGGCCAGGCUGGGGGAGGUCAGUCCAAUCACGGCCAGGCUGGGGGAGCUCUGUCCAAUCACUGCAUGGCCGGAGGAGCUCUGUCCAAUCACACUGCUGCUGGUGGCGCACUAGUAGCGGGCGCCAUGUUUACAGCAGAGAUGGCAGUGGCUCGGAACAUCCAGAGAGGCUCCUCCCACCUCCUCCAUCAGUCCUCUUCCUCCUCAUCCCCUUCCUCUCCUCUCAGCUCUGUCAACAACAACAACAACAAUGAUGUAAUCCUCACUGGGAUAUAUUCUUUAGGCUCCUCGUCUCGCCCGCGCCCUGUCAUAAAGCCUCUCAGUCACGCUGACCCUGAGCUGUCUGCACAUGUCCAUCAAACUCUGCUCAACCAAUCACAGCACAGGAGGAACAAUUCUGUCUCAACCCCUAUCCAGCUCCACUCUAGGUUGGAUGCAGUGUCAGGACCUCGCUUCAAACCACAUUCCUUCUCCUCCCCACCCUCCAUCUCCACACCCCCUGGGCAUCCACUCUACAGCGUGUCCAGAACCGAGCGCUUCCCCACGGGGGGGGCCCGAGCUGGGGGUGCAGUUGGAGGGGUACCUCGGAGUUGGGCCAGACAGUAUGGUUCUGUUCAGUCUGGGCCCUGGCCCUCUUCCUCCCAGACCAGACCACAUAGUAAACCCCAGCCUCUUCCAACUCACCCCCCCAGGACCUGCCCAUCCCCCCCUCCCCAACCCCCUCCUCCACACAACCCUCCCCCAGAACACUCUCCUCGUAUACAGCAGGUGUUCAGCCUAUCAGAGAGGGGUGAAGAACAGGUACUAAGACAAGGACAGCCUUCUGAUAGGAAUAGGCAAGAGAGGCAGAGGCCCCGCCCCUCUGACGCAAUUGGCGGGCUCUCUAUCGCCAUGGAAACAGGUGAUGAAGAGGAUGAGUGGCGGAGGGAGGAAGAGUUAUCCAACAUGGCAGCUGCAGCCCAUGGGAACCUCCAGAGAGGCCAAGGGGGGAGGGACAGCAUCAGCCCCAGCAGUGGAGAGGGAUCUGGGGAAAGAAGUGGCCUGGCAUCCCCCUCUCUGGUCCUCAGCAGCUCCAGACCUGGUCCAGGCCCACGAGGGAGCUGUCCAAAUACUCCAACACUACAGACCUCACCUAGUGCGCAGGUUGCAGUAAGUCUGUCUGCUCCUUGGCUCAUGGGUAACUCCAGAAAGAGAACACUGCAGGACCGGACUCAGUUCAGUGAUUUGGACCUGGUUCAGUUGAAACGCUACUGGGAUCGUGGGAUGACAAGCCUUGGUUCUGUCUGUAGAGAAAAGAUCAACGCGGCAGCCAAUCAGCUCAAUGUAGACACUGAGAUAGUCAAGACAUGGAUUGGCAACCGGAGGAGGAAGUUCCGUCUGAUGGGCAUUGAGAUUCCCCCUCCUAAAGGUGGGCCAGCUGUGUUCCUGACAUCAAAGGAAGGGGAGGAGUCUCCCUCUGCCCUUAGUUCAGAUGGGGAGGGGCUUAGAACACCAGAGCUGGGAGACGAGCUGAAUGAUGAGGCGUCAGUGUGUCUUUCUGAGGAUGGGACCAGUGAGUCGUAUCAGAGAGAAGACGGAGCUGAGAGCAGCAGUGGCCCCAUAACGAACGACGUGAAGAUUGAAGUGAUUGAUGAUGACGAUGCCGAUGACGAUGACGGUGGAGAGAUGGUGGGAUCUGAUAUGGAAAACAUGCAAAACCUCUUGGAGUUUAAGCUAGAAGAGGUGCAGUAUCUGGAGAGUGAGCUAGCGAACCAAAAACAGAGAUACUACGAGUUGGAAAGCUUCACAAAGGACCUGUUGACGGCUGUCCGCACCAAUGACGUGGACAGACAGCAGGAGCUCCUAGGUAGUCUACCUCAGCCUGUAGAUCAAGACUGGGACAUGAGCCCAGAGGGAGUGGCCCAGUCCAUCUCCAUGACACCACAGUCCCCAGCGAGUCACAACGAGUCAGUUGUUGGGAACAUUGACGAGCCAGCAUUGGUCAACUGCAAUGAGGACCUACCGUUGGUCACUAUAAACGAAGACAGAUCAUCAGUUGCUGAGCUUAACGGAUCGCCUGCAUCAGAGGAACUACAGAGAGAUACAGGACCUGAGUGACAAUUGACACUCCACAUCAUGUGCCUGUGGGUGGAUAUUGAACUGUGCUGGGCGCAACACUUUUUCUACUUCAUAUCACUCCGCCUUGCUUGGGUCUACUUCCAGAUAACAAUAAACAGACCCCAUCAUGACUGA